AUGAGCCAGGAGGCGCUCAAUACGGACCAACAGGCUCUCGAAAGAUCUAUUAUGCAGUCACGAUUUCAUAAGAUUCAAUUCAUCAGCAAGGGAUAUAUGAUGCCAGACUUCCCGCAGAAUCUGGAGGAGCAGAAUUACCUGACACCCCCAGCGAUGAAGGUGCAACCAACAGCUGCCCAUUUUGAAACAACGCCCCCAAGUUGCAACCGGAUACACAUACUCGCAAUGGAGCCUGCACCUACUCUACAUGGGAACCACGAAAAUGCCAGCCCCAAUUCUGAUGAAGAUAGAAUAGUUUUUAGGGGCAGACUAAAUGCAGAAUACGAGGCGCAGGUUUUACGGAGCAAACAUGAUAUUAAUGACUUUUCCUACGUCCGGCCUGAAUUACCAAACAACUAUCGGGCAGAAAUUUCCCCCCUUACAAAUUUUGAAACUGCUGGAUUUUGUUCUCCAUCUGCCCCGAGUGAAACCAAUAGAGAUCCUCCGAUGACACAGCCGAGACUCGAUUAUUUAUCGAAUAAAUCUGUACAGAUCAAAGAGUUUCGGGAAUGUGAAGCCGCUAUUUCUAAUAUUGCUAUCGCCGAUUUUACUGCAGACUUGCAUCAAGACCUGCAAGUGAAAACAUCGCUGCAUUCGGAUACAAAUGAUGCAUACCAAGACCACAAUAAUAUUGUUACAGGUGCAGUGUCUAAUCACGAAGCCGGGGAGGAAGCUUCAAAUCCAAUUGUCGAUACCACCGCGAUAGACUAUAGCCUAGGCGACGAGAAAUUACUCGUUUCAGAUAGUGAGAGUGAUGGACAUGAUGAUAACGGAAAAGCAUCCUGGGAACAUAUGUAUUCCGUCUUAUCACCGGACUCCGAAUCAUAUGAGGACUUUGAUAUACUGGAUUUUAGCAGGGCCAGUCUAAAAAAUGCGAAUAGAAAGCAGCAGCGUCUCCCCACUCUUGCCAUGUCCGACUCCGACCUCGAACGGGAGCUCCGCACUUCAUGGCAAGCCGAUCGAAGGAAAAAGGUUGAGGCCAAAAAGAAGCGAGAAGAGUUGCGUUUUCAAGGAUUACUUGGCCGUAACACUAGUCAGGCUCACAAGAUCAAUCACUCCAACGUUAGUGGGCUGGAUACCAUUAAAAACGAAAUUCGAUCUUUCUUACUAUCCCAAGACCAAACGUAUUACCACCCCCAGCUUUUAACAAGGGACCGGAUGCUAACUUUUCUAACUACAGCCUCACACUUCCCCCGAUGGAGAAGAAAAUGCGCAAGCAGAUUCACCGUUUAG